AUGGUUGGGCUGGUUAAGGUUCCCUCAUCUCACAUCCGGGCGGUACCGUGCAUUUCUGGCAUUCGUCACAAACCCUUACCUAAGGCUGCACUGUGGCUUGACGGAAGUCCAUUGGUGCAGGUUUUGAAUGGAGGAGCCAACUCAUUCUCAGAUAGUCCCCUGGUGGGCGGCAGGAGGCGUGCUGUCACACGUUAUGAGAAGAACUACAAAGGCCUAAAUUUUGGUUCCGGCCAGUCGGGACGGCUAGAUCGCCAAGUGCCAGUUACCGAGAAGUGCGCCUCGUGGAUAGUCCAAGCCCAGUUGUUGCAGGGAGGCCGUUCGACGUCGUUGGAUGGGCGCUGCUGCUUGUCAAGCGUUCGGACUCUCAGACGGGCGCGAGCGCUUUUUGCUAUUCGGCCAGCUCUUGCGGUAAGGCGGCCUUGGGAUCCUGGAUCACCCGAGGAGGUCAUCUUGGACGUCUGUGCGGGCGUACGCUGGUCUUCUUGGGCCCCUCUUUUUUCUUUCCCAACGGUCACCGGCACGGAAAUCCCUGCAAGCCAGAGACAGGCGGACGGGCGGAACAUGCCUCCGAGACCAUUGGAGAAGCAGAUCAGGCUUGUCGACUGUGGCACAGGGCUUGACCCCAGCUGCACGAAGCACGGGGGAGGAGGUGAGGGAGAGGAGAGGAAACGAUUUAGAAACCAGGAUCUAUCCGAUCUAUCACAUGGCGGUGAAUCUGGCUGCCGCGCAUGGGGAUCCCAGGUACUCCGGAUCUCAACGGUCGAGAGGAUGCAGAUGGGCAUGAAGAAAUACGAAGAGGUAUUGCAUGGCACCCGUCCUAGCCCUGAUCCCCGAUCAGAAGGUGAAGACAGGUCGGCAGCUGCACCCCACUCUGGUGCGGCAGAUCUCCCUUUCCCUAAACCGCGAUGCCUACAGAAUCGCCUCGCCACACACGCACACCAGCCACAGGCCUGGCGUCAGCGCCUAAAGGAGCAUUUCCGGAGCCUAUCGUCUGUACCGGGUACAUGGGACUAUGUACGAAAUGUAGGUGGAUAUGGACUAAUGCACGCGCCAUCCCUGAUUCCUCCCAACCAAUCCAGGGCCAUGGCCCUUCCCAGAGCUGCGACAUGUUAUACUACCCAUGGAGCUCUGCCCGAUCCAGUCCGACUGGAAGGCGAGUGUGCAACGCUCGGUCCUCUCAGCUGCACAGUCGGGAUUGUCGUCCCUUGA